AUGGAUAUGAGCUUUUUCCACACAUUAAAAUUCCCCGUCCGCUCUUUCUUCGUCUCAACUCCAAUUCACGCCGCCGGCCAGAGAGGAAAAGUGUUAGACGUCUCUGCCUCGACCUUGCCUCAACCUCCGCCUGGACCUCGCCUCACGUCGCCGCCCCGUCCUCUCUUAUUGAAUGCUGAAGCAACCCAAAGCAAGAGCACGUCUCAAUCUCUUAGCGAAAAUUUGUGGUUGAGGAAGGUUUUCCGUAGCCGGCUUCUGGAUUUUUUAAAGUCUCAUACGGGUAUAACUUUUACACUCCUUCCUUUAGUUGCUUUACUGUUGAGGGAGUGCGACAAGAAGAUGGAGAGACCAAAGAAGCAAGUGCUACUUUUCCACUGUGUAGAAGCUGAAGAUUUGGCAUGCAAGGAAAGAUUUUGCUCCAGUGAUACUGUAUUGCCUGUGUUUGAGAGUGGAAUCCCACUUUUGAAGCAACGGCUUCAGCAACUUCCAGAGAUAGAUAAGAUCAUGGUUGCAUUUCCUGAUGAUGGAGCUUGGAAAAGAUUCCACAAGCUAUUCGAUCAUUUUCCUAUGGUCAUCUGCAACAAGGCUCGGGAAGGAGACAAGAGAAUAGUCAAAAUAAAGGAGGGUAACCCUGCGGGCUGCCAUGUUGUUAUCGUUGAUGACUUGGUGCAAUCUGAUAGACGCGGGAUCUACUCAUCUUUGCCGUUGGCGGAGCGCUCGACUCUCAAGCCCGAUGAGAAGGUAGCAUUCCAACGUGAUGGAGUUGGGAAAGUUCAUCUGAGAAUUAAAUUCUUUAUGGGGACACUGAAUCUCAUCCCGUGGCAGACACUACAUCUAACACAGGUGUUCUUCAGCGAACUGCUAAUUAGCUAUCUUCCAAAGUUGAACUUGGAG